UACGAAUAGAGGGGUGAGCCGGAACAGUCAUUGACAGAAGGAAGGAAAAUAAAGAGCAUUACUCAUUACGUCGACAACAACAAGUCAACCCAUUAUUUCAAAUUCGCUUUAUCAGUCUUCGCACCAGAUUUAACAUGGAAAAGAGCAUCGAAACUUGUUUAGCCGAAACCUGUUCGAAGGAUGGUGUAGUUGGUAGUAUCAUGUCAGAUCAGCAAGGACUCUGCCUUGGAGUGAAGGGAAGAGCAAGUAUUGAAAGCUCUGGAGUUGUCACAGCGAUUGCAGAUCAGGCAGCCAAACUGGAACCUAACAGCCAAAACCCCAUCAUUGUUUUGGAAAAUGAUACAAAUCAAUGCUUGAUUCAAAGGGCAGAAAGAGCCACAAUUGCCAUUUACAAAACCAGCAAUCUGGCCAACUAAAAAUAAAACUGUGAUUAACAAAUUUCAACUAUUACUUU